AUGGACAGCUCGCAGCUCGCUGCAAACGGCCACGAUCCCAUUGACGACGCGCACGACUCGGCCGCCUCGACCCGCCUCACCACCGCCCUCUCGCUCAACUCGCAACUCAAGUCGCAGCUUUCCACAGCCCAGAUCGCGCUCCUGACGCACCGACGCGCUCGUGAGCUUGCCAAGGAGCGAGAGGAAGGAGAUGAGGACCCGCGCGAACGGGAACGGAGGCUGUGGGAGCGGAUACAGGCGUUGAGAGCGGAGGUCGACGGACAAGUGGGGAGGAAAGCGGUCAAGGACAGGGUCGUAGAGGGACUCGACAACGCCCUCCUCGUCUCGACACACUUGCGCGACACCUCCCUCUCCGCCGAGUCUUCCGCUCGCCAAGCCGCCCUGACAGCCCUCCUGAACCAGCGCGACAACCUCUCGCUCGAGCUGUUGAGGCUGCGGAGCGACAUCAACAAGCUUGCUCUGGAGCGACUCAAGUUGCGCAAGAAGCUCAUCUCCCUCAACCGCCAGAACGCCGCACACACCACCACCCUCCUCUCCUCACAGACCCUUCCCUCAUCGCUACUCGCCUCGCUCCCGCCCCCUCUCCGCGCAUACUACACCAAGCUCCAGCAAGACACCUCAAUCCUCACGACCCGCCUCUCGAUCCUCCGGAACGUCUUCCAGCUCCUCGUGCACGAAUCGGGCGUGCCGCUCGCCCUUCCGAGUACCUUCACGGAUGUGGCAGAGUUACUUCGCCCGCCGCGAGCGGGAGAAGAUGAGGAAGAAGAAGAGGAGGAGGAGUUGACGCCGGGGAAGUUGGUGAGGUUGAUGCUUCUUGCGGGAGAUGGGUCGAUGGACGAAGCGGAUGUACCACCACCCCUCAGACUGCACGAAGGAGAGGGAGAAGCAGGGUGGAGGGAGAAGUUGCCGGAGGAUGUGAGGAGGGAGUUGGAGCAGUGGGAGAGGGAGAGGGAGCGUGGUGGUGGAGGCGGGAAGAGAAGGAAGGUCGAGUAG